AUGUCGAGCUUGAGUCCGGAGAACAUCGAGACCAUCUGUGGAUUCCUAACGAAGGCACAGGAAGGCUCCAUUGUCCAGGCCAUCACGGGUUUGCACGACUAUCUGUUGAAGGAGAAACUGGCCUUCAAGCUGAAGGUUCAGUCUGACAUGAUCGGUGUGCAUUUCCACAACAGAGACGGAAUCGGAUGCUCAGCGACUCAUGUGGGGGAGCUCAUCUCCAGCAUCGCUGCGAUAGGUUUCGUAGAAAAGGAGGUGAAGGCGAUCUGUAUCGAAGUGCCCUCGGACCAUCGAGGCGACCAAGUGAGGCAAUUUAAUGAAAGGCUCGUCGCAGAGGCUGCCGGCAAGCUGGCACCCGUGUCAGGGCAAGCCUUGCGGUAUGCCUCCAUCGUCGGUAGUCAUACCAACCAGACUUUCCGUGCCUUUAAAGCGGGCCUGGAACACAGCGACCCAAAGGUGACGGUGGAUGGCCGGCUCUCCAUGCCAAAGCUAGCCACAGUGGACCCGGAGUGGCACAGAUGCAUCGAGCAGGGCGUCGAGUGGCUCGUGAUCACCCACUCCGUCGCGGAGCACUUCCCCAACUACGCUGCUCUCGCACAAGCGGCAGGGAACACGGCGGGGCAAGUCGCCGCUGUAGAACACGAACUGCAGUUGGCUCGGAAAGUCAACUUGGCCAUCCAGGCCCACCUCGCUAAGAAUCCUGGUGCGACCACGGUUGCAUACCAGGACGUGGCAGGCGAGAUCCUUCGCUCUCGCCCGCCGUGCGGCUCUGCACUUCCUGGUAUCUUCAUCUUCGUCCUGAAGUACGGAGGCGGUGUGAAGGAGGACUCCUACAUGAGCAUCACAGAGAGAUAUGUCAGGGCUCAUGGGGCUCCGAAGCGCAGCCUUGGAAACGACUUCUGGACAGGAUUGGCCACGGAAGUCAAGGGGAAGGAGCAGCACGUGUCGUGGAGACACUGGCUUUUGAAGCUGGCCUUCUCCGGCGCAGAGAAGGUCGUGUCGGGCAGUGAUGUGAAAAGGGCCUUCGGUCGAGACCUUCUGGGCAAAGUUGCCUCAGCUGAGCGCUCGUUGGCCGACUUCCUGCUGCUCCUCAAGUCCAUGCCCAUGUCCCCUGAGCUUGUUGCCACGACCGUCACCGAAAUCGAGAUGAGCAUGGCCGCCAUCAUCCUCGGCAAGCGGAAGUAUUGCAAGCACGGGAGCAUCGACGAGCUUCUUCAUGAACGAGCUCUCAGUUUCAGUUUGCCUUCAAAGUGGGCUCCCUCGGUGCCGAGUGCAGCAUCCAGCCCAGCAGCAAGUUCGAAGGAGGUUGCCGGAUCGUCGGCAGCCUACAUGUCCAGAGGGGCUCUGCGACUGUACGAUGGUGCGGGGAAUCUUGUCAACAAUGCGAGGGUCAUUGACAUGGGUUUCGCGGUUGGAAUGGACGUGGUCCGCAAGGCGGACGAUGCCCAAGGGAGGAUCGUCUCAAUCACCGCAGAUACGGUGGAGUUGGAGAUGUCCUCGGGCAUUCACACCGUGUCUGCCCAGAGUUUCGUGGACAGCAAGUGGAAGAAACACACUCCGAAACAGGAGCCCCAAGUCCUCGCCGAUUGGCACCUCUCGUCCCCAAACGUCUCGACUGAUUUUGUCCUUGCCACUUUGAAGGGUCAGGUCUUCAUAGCCAUGCAGGAUCAGUAUCAUGACUUCGUCAAGCACGAGAAAUCCUUCCAGAUUCUGGUCAAGCCGUCGAGGGAUGUGCAGGCCUUGAAAGCUUUUGCACCCGGGACCUUGCGGCUACCGGUAGCAAGCACCCGCUUGGAUGUACGAGCAGCCAGUUCGAAGGCUGCAGGGGGUGCAGUGCAGAUGGGGUGCAUCAAGGGCAUAGGGUCCGAAGACAUGAUCCUGUAUGUCGUGCCGGUGGUGCAACUUCCCAAAGAUGGGUCGGGGGGCUUCCUGAACCCGUCGUGGGUGAUGCGGGUGUCCACGGAGCGCGACGAGUCCAACUGUGAGCUCGGUGGCCCCAAGGGCUGGGAAAAACAAUCUCUGAAGCCUGGCAGCUCCAAGUUCCUGCUUCCGUAUGUUCGCAACUUUAUCCGCAUCGACAAAGGCGAGAGUCUCGUGCUGCAUCGGCCAGACCUGGCAAAGGCUGAGACAGUCGAGACCCUCGUGCUCAAGAAACAGAGGACCAGGCUACAGCUCGCUGACAGGAACAGCAGGGCCUGGCUCGCUGUUCGGAGUUUUCAAGCAAUGUCGGAUGAGUCGGAGCAUCAGCCUGAGCAGGAGGACGAGAAUCAGGAGGAAGUGCCCAUCAGGAUUUUCACGGCCAUCACCAUCGAGGGGGCAGGCCUCAAAAAGGCGACGUGGCAACCCGCGGUCCAAGUAGUGUCUGGAUGCAACUACAUCAAAUUAAACAAAUGGGAUCGCGACCUCACCCUGUUUGUGACAGGCAAAGGGUUGCGGCUGCAUAGUGGCAAAGAACACAACAUCAAUAGGCAAUGGUUCUCUACGGUGGCCGAGCUUCGCAAAGAAGCCUGCCAAGAAUCACUCAAACGGGUGAUCAAAGAGGCCGCCGAGGCGGAAGGAACACCAAUCCCGCAGAAGAUUCGGGCAGCCACACAGCAGGACGAGUACCUUGCUGGUCGCACCGUGCAGGUGCUGGCCCCUGCUGUGCAGAAUGCUGACGAUGAUGAGGUACAUGCAGAACAUCAGAUGAGGAUGCUUUGGGGCAUCAAGGGCGAGCAGCUCUGGGUUGAACUCACGACAGAAAACUUGAAUUAUGUUCGCUUGGCUAUCUUGCACUCGUCUGCAGCCGCCCCGGCGCCUCCGAAGCGAGCUCGAGGGAAAGCUGCAGCGGGCAGUCCGAAGAGGAGGAAGCGAGGCCGCAAGCCACAUAAACCACUCCGCGACGAAGAUCACGGUAGCGAGCCCGAGCAGGAAGCCGUCCCGUUAGCCGCCGAGAACUUGUGA